AAUUGAUAGUUUUUUAGAUUUUAGUUUUUGUUCAGAUUUUCGGGAACUUGAAUUGCAACGACUAAUCGAUAUAUUUCUUGCAUAUUGACUUAUAAAGAUAUUUGAGAGCAAACGUAAUAUACUGAUUUUUUUCGAUAUGGGCGCAAACAAUAGCAAACCGCAAACUGUGCAAAUACCAAAUACAUCACCAUUUCAAAUCAGCCGGGAAGUUUUGGAGCGCGUCGAGAAGGCAACCAAAGCGGAAAAGGGACCCAUUGCCACAACAGUUCCUGUUCCCGUACCCGUUACUGCUGCGUGUGAGCAUUGUAAUCGUAAAACAACAGCAGCAGCAGCUGGUGGAGAUGCCGCUGCAGCUGGAACGAGCGGCAGCAAUGAAAAACAGGCGCAGGUGCAAACGUAUCAGCAGCAACAGGUGGCACUCUCUUCAUCUUGGGCACGGCGCUCAACAGAAAUAGAGGAGACUCAAUUUACGAAAACAUUAGAUCGAGUGCACAAUUUGUUUGGGCAGCCUGUUAAAUGGGCCAAGGCCAAUGAAUGUACAGCGGAUAUUGAUAAAAUGGAAAAGCAAUUGAUAAACUGCUAUCACCAGUACGGCAAGGAGCCAUUGAAAUGUGCCGCCUUGGCUAAAAUAUACCACACCUUUGUUUUCAAUAAGCAGGUGGAUGCCGUCCAGAGUACAAAGCACGAUGAUCAGGAUGUAAAGGGGGCCGAUAAUAAUUGAUGCUUGGUUCUUCUGUCUCGCUCGAUUGACAAUAAACUAAAACGAAUGCGUAUUAUUGAAAUAUCAUAGAGAUUUUAAAUAUAACGACCGCAUUAAUUGUACAUAGCUGAU